UAGACCGUGCAAAAUCCCCCGCUGUCCGCUGUCCAAGUUACCACAAUAUUGGAACAUUAAAUUUUCAACAAACAUUUACAAUAAAAAAUAGGACAAAUGGAAUCGGAUAAUAAUUUAAAAAAAGGAAUUUCUUGAUCAAGCAUUCAUCUGUCCAAUUACUCUGUCAGUGUGAAAUUGGAGCUUUAUAAUUUUUUCAAUUUCUGCAGUAGUGUGGAUUUCCCAUGGAGGUUUUCCUCGAAUGAAGAUAAAGUUCAUUCUAAAUGAAAAUAAGAAAUGAUUUUGAAUGCACUUGAUCACUUUUCUCAUUAAUUUCAAUGUAGUCUGGAAAUGGUGUGUAAGGACGAGGUUUUAUUAUGGUUCAAGGACUUGGAUGGUCAUAAAAGAAUAGAUGUGCUAUAUGAGCUGUUGAAUAUGUGUUUACCAUUUGAAAUACGUUUCAUGGGCUUGCGCAUAGAAGAACUAGGUAAACAUACAUACCAAGAUUUUCGGGCUGCUACCAUCAUCGCAAACGAUGUGGAAAAACUCACAAAAGAUACGUCGUUCAAUCAAGGAAUAUUCAAUGAAACAGUGCGAAGCAGAGUGCUAAUUUACUUACCUCUACUCUCAUCUAGAAACUAUAAUGUUGCUGCCUGGUUUUAUCGGAAGUUGCUAAGGACAGACCACGUAGAGGAAUACUUAGUGAAAGAUAAGGGAGUAGAUGAGCAACUGAAUAGUGAAUUUUUAUUGUUGUUUACAAUGGCGUUGCACCAUCCUGCAUUUAGUUUGGAACACAAGUUAUUUUUUAGUAGAGUGCUCGUGAGUUUAAUCAACAUUAGGGAAAAUCGAAUUUCUUCUAAACAUACUGCCCUUGGAUACCCCCCUGGAUUUGGAUACCCCACUCAAAAGCCUCUAGAGGGACAAACGAUUCCAGUUAAAGUGGCAGCCUCAUGUGGUGAUGCACCUGCGCUAUUUCACCAACCACCGGGCCUUCUUCACUUACCUUUUCAGCCACCAUUUGAUUUGAUGAUGCCCUUAUUGAACAGACCAGGAAUUCCUUGCGGCGCCCCAGAGGUGAUCCCUUUUCCUGCUCCCAGCAUUUCGCCCCUAGUCAGUCAGACAGCAUCGCCCUGUCAAAGUAGGAGCACCUCACCGCACAGAACAAAUACGUCAAGACCUCCUCCUCCAAGUCAGAACCUCCUGCAGCAUCCCCUAAACGCCCCUCCGCCCAGCAUACCUCCUCCUCCCUUGAGUGGGGCUCCACCAUCUAAUGUAGAUAUUUUACCAAUUCCGGUGGCUCCCCCUCCUCCUCCUCCAAUAGACCAGCUCCCUCAGGGUGCUGCUGCUGCUCUAGGGGCCUUCAAUUCAACUCCAGAAGAUGAUCCGGUAAGGAUAGUCCCAGGAGGACAUAAUCACCUGGCUGAUAGAUUGUGGUCUUUGCCUGGUCAACCAAACGGUAUCCGUUUUCCUACAUGUCUAUCAAAAGCCCAGCCAUUCUUGGUUGAACAAAUGCAAGCUUUGAAUUUAGAAGGAGAAAAUUCGUUACAUCGUUCAAAUUCGUCCGAUGCCAGUAGUCCUAACAGUACACCACCUGGCACCCCUUCGAUGAUUCCCGUUGCCAUCCAGGGUCUCAGCAGAGAAGAGCCGAAUCCAGGAAGUAAUGUGAUAUCAGUAGUGACUGGUCCGGGAGCUAUAAUUCCUGAUAGAACUUCUCCACCUCCGCCGUUUAACAACAGCUCUGUGCCUUACAGUUUACCGCAGCCAUUCGCAACUGUACCCCCCAACAGGUCAAUGUUCCAUUAUAACCCAGCCUACAGACCAACCUUCACAGCUCAAUAUCCCACCUAUCAGUCUGACACCAAUUUUCCUACGUUCACCUUUCCUUACUUUCCUCUUGUGUAUUCCAGCCCCUUUCAACCGAGAGCGACUCCGCCGGGGUGUUUCAACUGCGGCGCCCUGGGUCAUGUAGGUAGUGAGUGUACGAGUCAGAACAUAGAGGACAUCACCCAGAAGAAGACCUAUCAGCUGGAGUAUACCGCGCCAUUGCCGGAUCCGGAGAAAUGAUGGUGCACAGUUUUUUAUGUGAUUUGAACAGUUACCGUACUGUUUUAAAAGUGUAAUAUAGGAUGAAAAGUUUUUAUUAACCGUAAGUUUAUCUAAUUUAUGAUGCAUUAUUUUUUAUAAUUCCUUUGCAGCAUUGGUUGAACAUAGUUUGAAACCUGCUCUAUUUUAUUCGAAUGUAUCUCCAAAACAAGAUCGUUUUAUCUCCUCUCAUGAGUAAUUGAUUUUAAAAAAUGAAAUGAGUAUUAGAAAUAUUGAGAGAACAAAGUCGCACCUUUGAAGUUUUUAUUUUAAUAAAAUAAAUUCAGUGAAUUGAUUUGUAUGUAAUACGGGGGUAAUCUAAAAAGUUUCUAACCUAACAGAGAUACAAGAUAUUUUUUCAGAUUCUUUAGUCUUUUUUUAACUCUACACGCUUCUCCCGGCGAUGCUCCCAUCUCCCAUUUGACGAAAAUAUCGGUUUUCCGAGCGCAGGUUUUAGAUGAGGGACCAAAAAGAAGUUAGUUGGGGCUAGAUUUGGUGAGUAAGGCGGAUGAUCAUGCCGUUCAAACCGUAAUUCGUGGAUUUUCGCCAUGGAAAGCGCCGAGGUGUGAGACGGUUCGUUGUCUCGGUGAAACAGGAUUUUCUUUUUCCGCAAACUUGGCGGAUUUUCCGCAAACUUGGCCGAUUUUCCGCAAGUUCUGCCUUCAGCUUGUCAAGUAAUGAUGCUUAGUAUACUCCUGUAAUGGUUUUUCCAUUUUAAA